GUGUUUUUCUGCUAAAGCGGCGUCUUUCCGCCUCAGCGACGGAAACAUGUCCGCAUGCUUCACGGAACCGCAGCGCUGCGAUUUAACCGCCCGCAACAGCGUUAAAGCCCGUAUCCACAAACCCGCGGCCGCCGCGCCCGUCUAAUAGGAUUUUAGAGAGUGACCAUGGGCAGGCUGGACGAUGCCGCCAAGCGCAAGGUGGUUGAACUGCGUGAGGCAGGCCUGAGUUUUCGCAAAAUCAAAGCUGUCUUGGAACUGGAGAACAUCAAAGUGUCGGCACAGGCCAUCUACCUCUUCUUAAAGGAGUUUCAUGGAAGGACUCGUCCAAAAGAUUCCACACCUGGGAACAGUGGGCCUGCGCCAGCGUCAGGUUUGGCGCUUGCGAGGGAGGUGGGGCUCAGCGAAGUGAGGCAGAGUGGUUGGAGUGAGCAGCAGCUGAGGAGUCUGCUGCGAGAGGCCUCCCGCAUCACAAGUUACCCAUCCCCUCCAGACUCUUCAGGGCAGAGUGGGGCACCUCAAGACUCCAGAGGACAGUCCUCUGGGGCAGGGACAGCUAGCAUUGAGCACCAGGAGGGGGAUGGAAAGGACGAAGAUGUCCGUAUUGUCAGUGUCACCUCGCUGGCGCAGAACACCCAACAUGGGAGCAUUAAUACUGUGCGAUCAGGGAUUAGCUCAGGAGCAAUGACUAGUGCAUUUUCAAGGAGAAGAUACACACCCUCACCAGCCAACCCAGUUCUUGUGGCUCGGAAAAGACUCCUGGAUAAGGCAUUAUUCCACAGGGCACGGGUUAGGGACAGCGGUCCUCAGUCUGGCCAACAAACAGUUUCAUUACUGAGAAGAGACCAGUCUUGUUUCACCGGCUCUGAAGGGAGGAAAGUCAUGUUACCUCAAACGUCCUCGUAUGAUCUCACAACUGCCCGACCUCCUCAUGUGAGGGGUUUCCAUCCAGGAGCCAACAUUUUUAGACGAGGAAUUGUCCAAAGGGCAAACAUGCCCUCCCGCUCGCCUCAGCAGCAACCUCGCAUCGGCAUUCGGCUACCCACCCCAGCUCAGUCAAGUGCCACGCCCCAGAAUGCAAGCUCCUCUAUGCGUCCCCAGGCCCCACCCAGCCAGCCCUCCCCUCCCUCCCAGCAAAGUAGCCCAGAUGCUGGAGUUCCAAGCGGGCUACCUGAACAGGUCAAGUCUCUGGCCUCAGAGGUUCGCAGUCUAGGCCUGGCUCUGAGGAUGAUUGUGGAGCAGCAAGGCAGGCUGGAGAGGGAGCAGAGCCUGCAGACGCAGGUCCAGAAACAGAUCCUCAGUACUUUGCAGGAGCUUGCAUCAAAACUGGGCCCCUGCAGCCUUCAGCACACACCAGCUCCCACUGGUCCCACGUGUCCCUUCUCCUCAGCUUCCUUUAGCCAGCCCACAUUCACCUCCAGCCAAGGCAGCUUUUCUUCAUGUAGUCAAGCCCAGUCAAGGUACAGUGAAAUUGAUGGGUCUGGUCUUGAGAACAUUGAGGCGUUUUCUCUGGAUGGUCUUAGCUCUGCUACCAUUAAUGGCUUUCAGCCAUGUAGCACGUCAGACACUCUUUCAUUCACACAGUCACAGACGCAAACCUACACACCAGAUGUGCUCUCCUACACACAGUCGCACACAGACACCUUCACGGGAAUGGACAGCAAGUCAGUAGAAAGGGCAUCAACAAGUACAGAGGCCUCUUUUCAAACCAGCAGUUCUUCUCAGUCCUCUACUCAACCCAUAUCUCCAAAUGAUGCCCAGCUGACUAUUAUCAAGGUGGAGAAUGUUUAACUUGGUUUAUUUCCUUUGGUACGAUGCUGUGGUCUUCCUUACAAUAGACUUUGCCUAAGAGUUAGUCUUCUUUGAUAGUACUGUAGCUUCAGCCGUAGUGGACAACCAGUGGCUGUUGGUUUUCUUUUAUGCUCUUUUAUGUCUUUUAAAUGGUUUUACCAAACUUAAGUUCAGAGCACAAAUUGCAAAUGAACGUUGACUGUUAGGCUGCUUUCACAAGACAUUUUGGUAUCCGUCAAAAACAUAUUCAUAUGCGUUGCUGUCUUGGUAUGGAUGUGUUUAUAGGUCUUCUCCAGAUUUGCACACAUGUAGAUCCACACUACCAAGAAAGUCUACAUGGCCACGGGGCUGUCUAAUUCUGCCAUUCAUCUCAGCCAUGAGGUGAAUAAUGCUGACUGUCUAUAAACUUCCAAAGAUGCAGCUUGGCUUCUGCAGACUUUGCUCAUGGAGUUACCCAGACAUUAUACCAAAAGGCACGUGAUGGUAAACUAAAGAAUAGUUGCCAAAAAAUAAUAAUAAGAAGGAAGAAGAAUUGUAAAAUGUAUUUUCAUAUUUAAUUUAUAAAAAUGUUUUUAAACAAACAAAUUCACGUGCAAAUGUACAGGUUUUAGUGUCCAUAUAAAACGUGGAAUUAGGGUCAAGCUGAAGUGCUCUUUCAUUUGUGGUUUUUAUGAAUUUGUAGCUGUGCAGCCUCGCAAAUCCAACAUAAUGACAUUGUGCUUUUCAGUGAAUGUCACAGAACGCAGGUUGAAAGUCUGCGAGACCGGAGACCGUGUCCCGGUGUCUGGAGAUUCUGAUUUAUAUACUUGAAAGCCUGUAUGAGAAAACAACUUGGAGUUACUGUUUUUUCAUUAAAUGAAGCAAAAAAAUGUCCAUGUGUGCGACCAGUCGCUGUCUGUAUGCUUCUUUUUAGAGCUUUGAAUGUGAGGUGUUAGUUUAAAAAAAAAAAGGAUGAAAAACUAAGAGAGACUGAAGCUCCACCCACAGUGAUUCGUAUGGGCUGAUCCAUGGGUACAUUAGAGUAUGCUCCACUAAAAGUUCAACUCCGGAGAACUUGUUUGGUGUAUAAUUGGCUCACACUAACAUAGGGUGGCUCCUGCUGAAUCUCAACACACCGUUUUCAUUGAAAUCGAUGAGAGAGAUGCCUUUUUUACGGAUACAAAACUGUCCUUGUGUACAGGGCCUUACUUUUUUUUUUGUGCGUUUACACACUUGUGUACAAUAAAUCCAAAGCAAUGUAUUCAUUUUUCUAACAAUGUAAAAUUUUCUGUAAAAGAUGUCAAUGAGCAAAUGUUAUUCAGAGGAAAAAGGAAAAAAAAAAGUAUGUCAGCGUCCCACUUACAAAAGCCAGGUCAGCAAGUCUUAUACUAGUCUGUGUCCAUGUUGUUCCACCUCUUGGAAGAGAAGGACUGUUAAGAGUGACACUAACAGCCAUAGUUUGAGCCCAACGCGCUAUAACCCCACAAAAUCCUUUCAGAAUGUCAUGUUGUACUAAUACAAGUAAUAUGAAAAUACAGUCUGUCGCAUGUUGCUUCUAUACUGUUCUUUGCACUGAGCAUUCAUACAGCCAUGACAAAAUAAUGGAAACACCACAACAUGUGUUCAGCACUGCCUUUUGAAUUUAGAACAGCUUCAGUCUUUCUUGGAGUUCUGAUUCACAGUGUGCCACCCACAGCAGUAAAGGACAGUGAGGAGUUUGUUGUAGAGGCUCCUGCAGGUUAGCGUCUGCCCUGAUUGAGUCUGUUGUCUGUUCCUGUCCAGCAGCUUUGUACUGUAAUCAGUUAUUUUGUAAAGUAUUUACUGUCAUUUUUUUUACACUGCCCCUUUUAACAUAUUAAAAAUAUUGCUGUCAGUGACGAA